AAAACUUGCACAUUCACGUGCGGUGGGAUUUUUCACGAUUCGAUGUCCGGGGUCGCUCCCGUCAUUUUUCACGGUGUCACCGGCAGGAAUCGGACUCACGGGCAGACCCACCGGUGAACCGCGGUUCUACCGAACACUUCACUUCCUCUAUCGCCGGAAGGAGCGUCCACACCGCUGCACCGCCUCCUCCGAUCAAAGUCCAGGCGGCGGUGCGUUCGGGGGCUGGAAGUGAAAGUUCAGCGGGUGAAAGGGCUGAUCACAGCGGGCAGGUGACUCCCCCUGCACCCGCGGUUACCUCACAGUGUCCCGGUGAACGUUACCGAGCAGGCGAGUCUCCUGCAAACCGUCGACAUGAGCGGAAAAGGCGAAGUUUCUCAGCCCGGAGCAGAAGAAAAAGAAGGAGAGAAGAGGAGGAGGAGGAGAAUCAUUAACGUGGUUUAUCUCAUCACUGCUGUGGACACGACUCUCAUGUUUCUGCAGUUCUCUCUCACUCCUUAUUUGGCAAAGAAACUGGGCUUUGACACUUUAUGGUUCGGUUAUUUACAAACCACGGUGGGCGUCAUUCAGCUGUUCGGGGGUCCAGUGUUUGGAAGGUUUGCAGAUCUCCACGGGGCACGAGCAGCUUUGUCUCUGGCCUUUGCCGCAACUGUUGUUUUCUUUCUGCUUCUCGCCAUAGCCAGCAAUCCAUUGAUGCUGUUCCUCCACAAGAUCCCCACAGUCUUCAUGCACGUCAUGCCCGCGUCUCAGAUGGUCAUCACGGAUCUUUCCCAACCUGAAAAACAGGCGGAUGGUUUAUCAAAACUAGGUCUGAGUUUUGGCAUCGGUAUGAUCGUCGGCUCCACGUUGGGCGGACAGCUCAACACGCGCUAUGGGGAGACGUUCACUGCAUGUUUUGGUGCAGUGGGAAGUUUCUUCACUUUACUGCUGGUUUUAAAGUUUAUCCCCGAAACAACCAAAGAUCAAGCUUCAAGAAGCAGCACCAAAAGCGACGACAAAAACAAGUCAUUAUUUAAUCUGGGAGAAAUCACAAGACUGAUGAAGUUUCCAGGAGUCACUCUGACUUUUGUCGUGAAGAUAGUCGCAGGUUUACCAUCAGGGAUUUUUCAAGUCAUGUUUUCGAUCAUUGCGUUGGACUUCUUCAAGCUGCUGCCGGAGCAGAAUGGCUACAUGAUGGCCUACUUCGGCAUCUUACAAAUGGUUAUCCAGGGGGCAGUGCUCGGUCCUCUUACGAUGAGAUACUCUGAGAGGUCGCUGCUGCUGGUGUCCAUCGGACUCUCUGCUUUAGUCGGGCUGGCUCAGGUUUACAUUGAGAGUGUGUUCCAAUUCUGCCUCAACGUCAUCCCCAUGAUGUUGUCUCUCAGUAUAUUUAACGUCAUCACGAACACCAUGCUCACCAAGAGCGUACCGUCGUCCGACACAGGCACAAUGCUCGGGCUGUGUGCAUCUACUCAAAAUCUGCUCCGCACGGUCGGCCCGACUGCCGGCGGCUUCCUGUAUGUGAACUACGGCAUAUCAGCGAUGGGCCUCAUCCAGUUUAUUGUGAAUUCUGCAGUUCUUGUUUUUCUGAUGUAUCGUGGGAUCCAGAAGACAACGGUGCAAAAGGACUAAAAUAAAUGAGUUGUUUUUAAAAGCUAUUCUCCAAACCCUCCAAAGAGAAGGGAUGGAAUCUGUAUUUGAUUUUAGGAACAGUUGUUACGGUAUAUUUAUACUCAAACACUCUGCUGCAGUUGUUGCAUGAUGUGACUUGUUGUUAAAACGUGUGUUUGAGGCUCAGGAUCAAACCACUAGAUGGCAGCAAACCUCCUAUUUUACCUGAUGGUUUUAUUUUCCAGAGUUCAUCUUGAACACAGAGACAAUCAAAAAAAUCCUUCUAUUAAAAUUAUAAUACAAUCAUAUAUAAUGUGGAGAUUUUAUUAUGGAUCAUUAAAUAUAAUUAUAUAAUCGUGACAUUUGUA